AUGGUGGAAGCAAAGGCCGAAUUGCGGGACUUCCUGCGGCAUCGCUGCGGCAAUCUGAAGGCUGCCUUCGCAGCUUUGGAUAGCUCGGAGACUGGCCAGCUCAGUCGACAUGACUUCGAGACAAGCUUGCAGCGCUUGGGGUAUGACGCCAACUGCGCAGCUGCUGCUUUUCGGGACUUGGAUCGACAAAAUGCAGGUGUGGUGAAUUUGCGCACCUUCGUGAAUGGCUUGAUGAGCGACGCGGUCCCGCCCAACUUUGAGACGCUGCAGAAGCCGGCCAGGCAUACCUAUCACCCUGGCAUGAGUACGCCCAGGAAGUUGAGCGACACCGCCCUGGCGCCCACGUUGUUGCAGCGAUUGGCACCGGCACCCAUUGCCCCCAUCACCUUAGCUGCGCCGUUGACGCCGAAGAAGGGCGCCGAACGUUGCCCGGCAGCGCUGGGCCCAAGAGGCCCCACCCAGGCGUCGAGCGCAUCCCCAAGGAACCACCCCUUGUCGGAGCGAUUGCGUCAGCUCGAGCUGCAACUUGCAUCCGAGCAGGAAGCACGCUGCAACCUGGAGUGGCGCCUCACCUCGCAGUUUCGCGAGAUGAUACGGGAAGAGUUUCAGGCCUUGCGCAAGCAGCUGGCAGAAGAUGCGGCGCAGCAACCAGGUCGGUUUGGACCAUGCAUGGACAUUAAUAGGCGGGCGAAGGAAGCAGAGGAUCACGAGGAGCGUCGCUACGUUAUGAUGACUUCGGUCUCUGAGCGCCGCCUGGACGAUACGGCGCCAGCAACGGGAGUCCCGCCCUCCGCGGCAUCAUCAGGGCCUACCGAGCCGGAGCGCCGGUCCCAGGCAGAUCUUUUAUGGGGGGGUACAAGUUUGGUAGUAUAG